AUUCUUAGUAAUGACUAUACUGGUGCCAGGGAUAACUUACUCAUGGCACAAAAGCUUUUUCCAGCAAUUGAUAACAUUGGCGCAAUGUUGGCUGUCUGUGACAUUCUAUCUGCGUCCAAUAUCAAGUUUACUGGUUAUGGAAUUGAUUACUACUGGGGUUCUUCAGCUUACGCCUUCGUCUACAUUUAAUGCUGUUAAAUCUUGUUAUCAAAGUCUCCACACAUUGUUACAACCUAUCAAGACAAAGUUUCCUGGCACUGAAUUGGCUCUGAAACUUGUGGAGGAUGCAUUCUCCAUGCUAUCUAACCGAGAGAAACGUUCUGCGUAUGAUUUGAAAAGGAAUGCAUGUAGGGAGGAUUAUAAAUCUUUUAAUAUAAGAGCAUUAUCCUGUCAAAAUAUAGCAAGUAAGGAAACAAUAAGUACUGCUAACAACUCUUCUGUGUGUGAGAGGAGUUUUUCAAGCCAAAUUUUGGGUGGAAGUUGUAGAACAACUACGAUAUUUUCAGAAGACAUUGGAACUUUGGGAUUCAAACUCCAAAAUUCUCUUGAUGUUAAGUGGCAGUGUGAUAAAAUUAUUUGUCAGCAACCAUCCAAUAAGGUUUCUGAGGAUUUGAAUUCUAGAGGCAACAUUAGAGCAGACACAGAUUUUUCUAUAGGCCGGAUAAAUAUGCCAACAUCAAAGCCAAUCAGUUUGGAGGAGAAUUUUUCUUGUUCUUCAGAAUCUUUGGCACAGAAAAGGCCUUGUCAGGACUACCAUACCUUUGAGAAUGAUAGAAAACCUGAGCAUUAUAAGGUAGGUCAGAUCUGGGGUGCUCAAUAUAGAGCAAAUCUCCCUCAUAAUUUUAGGUAUGCUCAAGUUGCUUGCAACUCAGCACGAUCAGUUCUUGUUACAUGGUUAAAGCCAAUCCCUAUUAGUGAUGGUGAGAGACGAUGGUGUGAUGCUGGCUUACCUGUUGCUUGUGGGUCAUUUGAUUUGAAUGCAGAGAUGAAUGAUGGGGAAAACUGGCCAAUGGUCUCAUCCCACAAAUGCUCAUGGAUUCAUGGUGUCACAGAUGAACAAUAUUUACCCCAAAAGAAGUGAGAUUUGGGCUCUAUAUAAGGAUUGGAACCUUCAUGAAUGGGCCCAUAAUUCUAGUUUUUUUGAAGGAUGUAAAUUUGAGUUAGUUGAAAUUCAAAAAGAUUUUUCAAAAUAUUUAGGUGCAGAUGGUGCAUGUUUGGUGCAAGUAGAUGGUUUUAGAAGCAUCUUUGAGAGAUAAAAAAUUGGAGGGAGUCCUGUCACUUUUCAUAUCUCCCCAGAUAAUCUGUAUAUAUUCUCUCAUAAUGUCCCAGCAUAUAGGUUUAAGGGUGGAGAAAUCGAUAAAGUUGUUGAUGGGAUGUUUGAGCUUGAUCAAUUUCCCAUGCCUGAUAUUAUGUGUCUGGAGAUUGACUCCCAAAAGGCACCAAAGAAUGGGAAUGCUAGUAGUUUUUCUAGAUCUAUUCCAUUGAGAGGACUUCCUUCCUUGAAGUCAUCUCCAGAAGACAAACUUUUGAAACCCAGUUGGUCCUCAAAUGAUUUUGCCACAGGUCAGGUAUGGGCUGUAUACAGUGGAAAAGAUUUUUUGCCACGGCAAUACACCAGAAUAGAUGAUAUAAUUUAUGAGAGCCAAGUAUGUUUGACUUUCCUAGAACCUCUACCUAUUCUUGACGAUGAGAUUGACUGGAAGAAAGAAAACAUACCCAUAGUUUGUGGGAAAUUUAAGGUUAGUGGAACUAGUGUCAACCUUGAAAUGUCCCCAGUUUUCCUAUUUAGUUUACAGUGUUAAAAGCAAUAUUGA